CGUGCUGAGGCGGAGACCGGAAGCCCUUGUCGGUUCCGGGUUUUCUGGGCUACUACGAUGGCGAUGAGUUUCGAGUGGCCGUGGCAGUACCGCUUCCCGCCCUUCUUUACGUUACAGCCGAACGUGGACACCCGGCAGAAGCAGCUGGCCGCCUGGUGCUCUCUGGUUCUGUCCUUCUGCCGCCUGCACAAACAGUCCAGCAUGACGGUGAUGGAAGCCCAGGAGAGCCCGCUCUUCAACAACGUCAAGCUACAGCGGAAACUUCCUGUGGAAUCAAUUCAGAUUGUAUUAGAAGAAUUGAGGAAGAAAGGGAACCUCGAGUGGUUGGAUAAGAAUAAGUCUAGCUUCCUGAUCAUGUGGCGGAGGCCAGAAGAAUGGGGGAAACUCAUUUAUCAAUGGGUUUCCAGGAGUGGCCAGAAUAACUCUGUGUUUACCCUGUAUGAACUGACCAGUGGGGAAGACACAGAGGAUGAAGAGUUCCAUGGGCUGGAUGAGGCGACCCUGCUGCGCGCUCUGCAGGCCCUGCAGCAUGAGCACAAGGCUGAGAUCAUCACUGUCAGCGAUGGCCGAGGAGUCAAAUUCUUCUAGCAGAGACCUGUCUCCUUUACUUCUUACCUCCCACCUUUCCAGGGCUUUCAACAGGAGACAGACCUAGUGUCCCCACAGACUGGAUCUGUCACUCCACCAAACUCAAAGGGCUCAAGUCCUUAAAGCUCAGACUUAGGGAUGUUUCCCAUGGAACCCAUUAUUUCUGUCCCUGGGAUAGGUAGGGUAAGCCCACAGUGCCACGGAGAAAGGAUGUGUUUCUUGCCCUACCUCCUUUCCCAUCCUGUACUGUCCCUGAGCCAGAGCCUAUAAACCUGACACUUUACAUGUGUUCUCACACAUAAGUACACACCCACCUACAUGCGCCUGCACAAGCUUCUUUCUCCUCCUCCCACUCCUUUAGCUGCUGUUGCCUCCCUCUCAGGCUGGUGCUGGAUCCUUCCUAGGGAUGGGGGAGCCCUGGCUGCAGGCAGCCUUCCAGGCAAUAUGAAGAUAGGAAGCCCCAGAAGGGGCCUGGCAGUGAGAGGCAGGCCCACUCUGAUUUAUGGUAUUAAAAUCUCUCCUCCCACUGUC